CUUUCCAUCACCCCGCGCCAUCAUCUAGCCUUAUAACUAUUUUUAAUCCUUCGUACAAGGUUUUUCAACUUUUUAUACGGGUACGGAUGGUAUAAAUGACAUCAGCCAAUGAAAUGUCCGGUAUAAUCCAACUUAAUAAUAUGCAAAACAUAUGCAUGGGCAAUUAUAUUAUACAACCUGGCAUAGGAUCCGUCGUCAAACGUCGAUCCAAUCGUAGCUUUUCAUUGGCCGUUCACUCAAGAAGAUUCUAUUUUGGUAAUUCAGCUGAGUAGAAUGGAACAUGUUCCAAGCAGGUGGUAAUAUGAUUCCAAGAGGCUCAAAGAAGAAGAUGAAGUGACCUGGCUAUUCGACAUGUAUUAUAUAUAAAGGUCGUUCAUCGACGCCUCAUCCUAUCCUACAUCAUCACUCACCACCACCAACCAACCAGCCAACAGCCACUACUCAAAGGGGCUUUUUCCUUCUUUUUUCUUAUUCGUCAAUCAUUUAUCCAGAUCAAUUACAUUCUUUUUUUUUCUUGGAACAGAAAGCAUCUUCCAACAUGAAGCCAGUCUCAUUCAUUACCGCCGCUCUUUUCUUCUCCCUAGGGCACUCCCUAGUCGUUCCGGUCGAGGACAUCAAGGAGAUUAAGGACAUCGAAGACUCGAUCGACCUGAGCGGGAUCGAGGACAUCCUCGAGGACCGCUCGCUCGAGGACCGGGCCGUGCGCCCCAAGUUCACGUACGUCGGGUUCCCGCGCAGCGCGACGUGCGCGAAGCAAAAGUACACCAAGGGGCAGAUCCACGACGCCGGGGACCAGGCGGGCAAGCUGCAAACGCGCAGCAAGCAGCUCGGCAAGGGCAAGUACCCGCACGUGUACCACAACCGCGGGCGCGAGAUCAAGAACUUCGAGAAGAAGUGCAGCGGCCCCCUGUACGAGUUCCCCAUCCUCCAGAACCACAAGGUCUACCUCGGCACCAACCCCGACGACCCGGGCCCGGACCGCGUCGUCGUCAACGUCUCCAAGAAGAACAAGAAGACCGGCAAGGUCGACAUCACCUUCUGCGGCCUCAUGACCCACACCGGCGCCAAGAACAGGGGCGCCUUCGUCCAGUGCCGCUGGUAAUGAACCGCCUAAGCGCACUUCAUCGCCUGCUGUUGGUCGGGCGCGGGAUAAAAUAGGGGCGGCUUGCAGGGACAGGCACGUAUAGCAUCAUGUCAGGAACGAUGUACUUCACUUAACUUUCAAGACGGAACCUAUCAGGGAUAGGAACACUUUUUUUGAGCAUUUCUUCAUUCACCCAGGCGGUUGGUGGUUUUUUCUUGGUGGCACAGACGGCAUUCGGCAUUAAGCAUUUCUCCUGGCGGUCACGAGCAACUAACACCGGGGGGGGAAAGGCAUUUGCAUUAUGAGAUAGAGGGCUCGGACGCACGUAGCUUAACAUACUUAGCAUCGGGACAGGCGUUGAUACAAUUUACUCUCCAUAAAGA